CAUUACCAAAGGCAAUACGGCGAGUAGUACUCGCGAAAAAACUCGCUUAAUUGCCGGUUUUGUUGUUAUUUUUUCCAAAUUGAAUUUAUUGCAACGGUCCUCGAAAAUGGAGGGAGAAGAUACGCGGAUCCGCUUAGAUAUCAAUGCAGAUAAGCGAGACAACGUUACGGAAGUCGUUUAUAAGCCCACCACUAUGGACCAGCGCGAUAUCAAAUGGAAUAAAAAAUUUCAUAGUUUGGAACCGGAGAGUCGUGCGGCGGUCGUACCAAAAGAUUCGUUUUAUUUGUAUAGAACUGCUUUUUUAGGUAACCUGCUGGCCUUCUCCGCUGGCACAGGUUUCUCAUGGACCUCUCCAGUGCUACCAAGAUUGAACGGGCCCGGGAGCCCCCUAGGGGCGCCUUUGGAUCCCACAGAGAUCAGCAUAAUAGCAGCUAUUUUAUGCUUGGGGGCAGCCAUGGGGCCUUUUCUGUUCGGUUAUAUGGCUGACAAAGUUGGUCGGAAAAUCACACUGAUGGCUAUUGCCGCCCCUAUGGCAGCUGGAGCUGCUAUUCUUGCCUUUGCCUGGGAACUUUGGGUGUUUUAUUUUGGAAGAUUACUCUUCGGCACCGGCAUCGGAGGAGUGUUCACAGUCCUCACAAUGUACACGGGCGAAAUCACCUCGAACCACAACAGAGGCAAAUUCAGUUGCCUCCUGGGCACUUUUGUAGCCUUGGGGGUGCUUUAUCCUUUCUCUAUCGGCAGCAUGCUCUCCAUCCGCAUAUUUUCUUUGUCUUGCUUGUUGCCUUUGCAAGCGUUUCUAAUAUUCUUUUCGAUCUACGCCCCGGAGAGCCCCACGUACCUUUUGAGGCAAGGCAAGAAGUCGUUGUGCCAAAAAACUGUUAUGGAACUGCGAGGAAUCUCGGAGGAGGAGGCCAGGAAGGCUCUGGACGAGCUAGAGCAAAUCGAGAGUCAAAAUAAAGAAAAAGGUGGCAUAGUGGUGCUGUUUAGGACCAAGAAUACACGUAGGGCCUUUAUGGUGGCCGCCGGACUGUUGAUUCUUCAGCAGUUUUCCGGAAUAAGUGCGGUGCUUGGGUUUAUGGAGCAAAUAUUCUCCGGAGCGGGAGGAGCUAUUCCACCCCAGCUUGCCGCAACUAUGGUGGGAGUGAUUCAAGUUUUUACAGUAUUCGUCACGUCGUCUGUAAUAGAGAAACUGGGAAGGAAGUUUCUUUUGUUGUCUUCAACAGUUGGGGCGGCCGUGUCCAUCAUUCUACUCGGGUUCUAUUUCUUUUUGCACAGACAAAAGCUGGUUCUGUUGGCGUAUUUGUGGUGGCUUCCGAUUGCCAGUUUGAUCUUUUACAUUGUUUGCUUCAAUAUGGGUUUGGGACCGUUGCCCUGGACCGUUUUAAGUGAAAUUUUCCCGGAUAAUGUGAAAUCGAGUGCGGCCGCGGUUGCUUCCGCCACUUGUUUCAUGGUUUCUUUUGUUGUCACGAUGGCUUUUCCGAUGAUCAACGAGAUGUUGGGGAUGGCGGAGUCGUUCUGGUUGUUCGGGGUGUGUUGCGUCUUGGGGACCGUUUUUAUUUACUUCGUUGUGCCGGAGACUAAAGGGAGAAGUGUGCAGGAAAUUCAAGAAAUUUUUAGUAAGUAAGUUAUUAUUGAAUUGUGAUAAAAUGCUUAAAUGAAAUUGUGUUUUCUUUUGAUCUUAAAAUUCCUUCCGUGUUAUUUUUUGUUAUCACAUGGCUCUGGCCACCUUGAAAAGAGAAACAAAGAAGAAAAAUUGUACUAAUUGUCUUUUUUGGUAACUUGGGAGCACUUUAUCGGGUACACUUUAUAAUGAGAUAGGAUAUUAACGAACACAUUUGUUGGGAAUGCGCUUAAAUAAAUGAACGCCAAUUAGUCGAAUCUGUUGAAUUUACUUAAUUAGUAAUAAGUUAGUUUGUUUUUUAUCUGCGCGGUAACAAGAAACCGUGCUAUUUUUAUACUUUAAUGUUUUCUCAGAAUUCUAGCCGUUGGCUGAGUGGGAUUCACCGGUUUUCUUGAUGUAAACAGUUUUUAGUCUUAGCAGAGACAACCAAAGAGACGUGCAACUAGAUAGAAAUUUUUAUCCUAUUGUUGUUGCUCUCUUUAAUCUGUAUAUAUUGUAUUUCGUUGUCUCUCUCUUCCUUCAUAAAAGGUGAGCUAAGGUGGCGCCACGAUACUAAUCUUUCGCAAUGCUAAAUGUAUUUAAUUAUCAGAGCAGUCAAGAGAAAACAUUCUUCCAUCUCCGCCAAAUGAAUGCAAAAAUACGGGAUAGCUUGUGUCCAAUUCUUUAGUAUUUCUAAAAUUAUAAUUAAGUACGGCAACAGUGCAAUCCUUGCUCAACAUGAACACGUGCAUUUCAAUAUGGCUGAAUAGUUGUUGCUGCUGAUUAAUUUUGUUUUGUUUUACAUCAUUAGUUGAAAUUUUGGACGUAUAUUUUAUUACCUACCGGAUUUAGGUGAACUUGGUUACAGUAGUUAGUUGUUGGAGUUUUUUGUAGGAUACAGAUUUCAGUGUUUUGACUUGUGUUAGAAAUAGAAAUAUGUUCAUCAAGGUAAUUGUCAAGGCUGUAGUUAUAAUAGGUAUUCCAUGGAGUGUUACACCAAAGGAUAUAUUUUUUGGAAUAUUAUUAUAGUACUGUGAUAAUUAAAAUCUUUCUGUAUUUUAAUUGCAUUUAUGUAUAUGCAUGUUACUAUUACCAUCUUAAAUUAUAAAUUAUGAAAAUAAUUAAGAAAAUGCAUGCACAUCUUAUUGUUAUACCAUGUACUGAAAAUACAAUACAAAACGUUUCAGAAUUA